CAAUUGUCGGCUCCGGUCACCCGACACGCAAAAUAACACGAGUUCGUCUAGUUUAUCGGUUUACUUUCCGUUUCGGGAAAUUAACAGUUACGUUUUUUUGAUUUUAAUUUUUUUUUUGGUGUGUAUUUCUGAAUUUUUGUUGUGCUUUUGUUUGUUGUGAGUUUUACUAAUCUCAUCAUACUAUAUCAUAUUGGAUUAAAAUAAAAUAUAUAGACAUGCAUAGGCACUGAAUACUAUACUGAAAUCAUUAUGGAACAGCAAAACUCGGUACGCGGUGACGACGACACUGCUAUCAGGCGUAAAUCGUUGGGUCGACUUAGAGACAUGUCCGUCGCAUGGGACAUAGACCCGCAGGCAAACAAGUACACACGCAACGAUGAUACGGAACCAAGUUGUCCGAGUGGCCGAACCAUUAACCAAGUACCGACAUCGGUAGACGGUCUGGUAGACGUAGAACUUACGCGGAAACCGCCAAAUAUGUCCGUUAUGGAAAUGGAAAGUAUCAAGGAACGAGAGAGGGCGUCAAUGUUAAGGAAGUGUGCUCAACAUCUGGAGUUGGAGAGUGUGAACGGAAAGUACAGCAGAGAAAACUUUAAGCGCGGAAUACUCAAUAAGGAGGUGCUAUCAAUAUUGUUUGAAUUAUUUGACAAAGACAAAGAAAAAGUACUCAUYCAGGAACAAUGGAUACAAUCGUUAAAAGAGAGAUUACUGGAAGAAAAACAAGGAGACUUAGCUGAACAGUUAGAAAKUGUGGCUUACGUGCUGUGCGGUGAUCAACCUAUAAGCUUACAAAAAUUUUAUCAGAUUUUCCAAGCGAAAGGCAUCGUCGAAAAAGUAUUUCGACUUAUUGACAAAGAUUCGGACGGAAUCAUCACGCCAUCACAAGCAAUGGAUUUGAUAACUACGAUUACAUACUCUUGCAGGGUGAAAUCGGGAUUUGACAGCGAGAACCUGAUGUGGCUGGAACAGUUAUUUAGACAAACUGUCGGGGAUGAAAUGGAAAUUAAACGAGACGAUUUCAAUAAAAUUUUAAUCACUAAAAAC